AUGAAGCUUGUCAAUAUUCUUAUAGGCUGGACUACCGCUCAAUGGGCCAGCCAGGCGUUGGCGGCGCCGUCCCCUGUUCGCCGGGCAGGCUUCGGCACAUAUGCAGAUGACAUGUUCACCACCGCAAUUGAGUGGAAUGACGGUUAUUGGGAUGACGAAGCGGGCUAUUUGAUUGCCGCUGCCAGUAACCCUGGUCGUUAUGACGCUCGCCAUACCGCCUGGUAUGCGACGCAGUUGCUCGCCCGGAAUGCACCAGGGGACGUUGCUAGAGCUAUUCGAAUCUUCGACAAUGUCAUCGCGGGCCAAUACCUGGACCCUUCAAAACAGUGGUACGGUGACUAUCAGCAAUCGCCGUCCGAACCUGAACCUGGCACCGCUGAAUACCCAGACGAUGGUCCAUACAGCUCGUGGGACCCAAAUAUUCGAGAUUUUGUCGGUUGUGCCUGGCUGAUGGCUCUGAAUGACUACGAUCAUCUCCUUCCACAGAAAACCGUCAGCAAGAUCGAGCAAUCACUGCAUAUCGCCGCCAAGGGCGAUCUCUAUCGCGUCGGAGGAGUCGACGGAGACAAUUUAUACCCAUGCUAUUCGAACCCGUGGAUCAUGCGCACCAUCUUGCAAAACUGGGUUGGCACUCGAGUAGGUGACGCGAACUUAACGCAGUCUGGAGAGAAGUUUGCACAGGAGCUCUACGAUCUUUGGAGCAUGCACCACACCCUCUCGGAGUUCAAUUCCCCUACAUACAGUGGCGUCGCAAUGUGGGCGCUGGCUCUGUGGAGCCACUGGAAUGAGCUCGCCGGGCUUUACAACGCGAACCUCAAGAACCUGGCUGGUCCUUGGGACCGCACUUAUGGAUACGACAUGAAGCAAUAUGCCUCUCUCGUCGGUGCUGUGAUCUGGGGAGCCGUAGGUCGAGACCAUGCUCCCAUCCCUCAGCAAACAUCGGGAAUGUAUCAUGGCGAUGACUUCGCCUUCUACCCAUUAUUCGCAAUGGUCAUGCCAGAGAUGCUCAAGUAUCUGUCCGCCGAAUCCAAGGCAAGCCUCGUCAAAUUCUCCGAGCCGCGACUUUACACAGCACAGGCGUUUUCGCCGCCGUUCGACACGUAUCCGCGGAACAUUACUACUUGGCUGUCAGAAAACAUCACCAUCGGUGCAGAAACAGUCGCGCAAGAGGUCAUCGGAGGAGCUGCCAAGAGCACCAGCGCGUUUAGCCCCGCCGUCAUCCAGUGGGCGAUCGACGAGUAUCAGAUUGGGUGUAUCUCGCACUGGGUGACUGAGUCGUCUAUUGAUGCCGUGGCGUCUUCGAAUGGGCUCAAGAUCUCAUACCCCAAUGCAACUUCCUCGGACGCUUCAGUAUCAUUCAAUUUCUUGUUCAGUGGAUUGUCCAGAAGAAAUGGCUUCAAUGUGACGGGGCUAGAAGGGCUUCCAGCCUUGGAUCUCCGGGUCAAGACGAAUGCAUUCGAGAACUAUACCAUUGUGUACGACACCGAUCAGAGUGUGAACGACUUCAUCUUCUACAACAUCACAUAUACUGUGCCGGCUGGCCUUGCAGAGACCCCAUUUAUCUCGCUCGAGCUCGUUUAA